GGGCAGCGGUCAGCUGAAUCCACUCGGGGUUGCAGCCCUGCUGCGCGCCCCGCCACUCUCGGAAGGGGGCCUCCCGCCAUGUCCCCGGGCACUCCUUGAUCGCUCGUCCGUGCGCCUCCGGGGUCCCCGGUUCCCGGCCAGCUUGCCGGCUCGCCGGGCCCCGGCUCUGCGUCGGCCGCGCCGCGGUGGAGGCGCGCGGGGGGUGAUGAGCACAUUGCGGGUAAAUACGCCGCCGCCGCCGCCGCCGGGCUCGGAGACACCGUGAGGAAGCGUGUGGCUGCUUUUCUCCGAGUCGCCGCUUUGCCCUUGCGUUGGAGAUCAUGUCCAUUCACAUCGUGGCUCUGGGGAACGAGGGCGACGCGUUCCACCAGGACAAUCGGCCGUCGGGGCUCAUCCGCACGUACCUGGGGAGAAGCCCUCUGGUCUCCGGGGACGAAAGCAGCUUGUUGCUGAACGCGACCGGCACGGUGGCGCGUCCGGUGUUCACCGAGUAUCAGGCCAGUGCGUUUGGGAACGUCAAGCUCGUGGUUCACGACUGUCCCGUCUGGGACAUUUUUGACAGUGAUUGGUACACAUCUCGAAAUCUAAUUGGGAGUGCCGACAUCAUUGUGAUCAAAUACAAUGUAAAUGACAAGUUUUCAUUCCAUGAAGUAAAAGAUAAUUAUAUUCCAGUGAUAAAAAGAGCAUUAAAUUCAGUUCCAGUAAUUAUUGCUGCUGUUGGAACCAGACAAAAUGAAGAAUUACCUUGUACAUGCCCACUAUGUACCUCAGACCGUGGGAGCUGUGUUAGUACAACAGAAGGAAUUCAACUUGCUAAAGAACUGGGAGCUACUUAUCUUGAAUUACACAGCCUUGAUGACUUCUACAUAGGAAAAUAUUUUGGAGGAGUGUUGGAGUAUUUUAUGAUUCAAGCCUUAAACCAGAAGACCAGUGAAAAAAUGAAGAAAAGGAAGAUGAAUGGCUCAUUUCAUGGAAUUAGACCACCCCAGCUUGAGCAACCAGAAAAAAUGCCUGUCUUAAAGGCCGAAGCAUCGCAUUACAACUCUGACUUAAAUAACCUGCUGUUCUGCUGCCAGUGUGUGGACGUGGUAUUUUACCACCCAGAUGUAAAGGAAGUUGUAGAGGCCCACAAGAUUGUUCUCUGCGCUGUAAGCCAUGUUUUCAUGCUGCUUUUCAAUGUGAAGAGUCCCACUGAGAUUCAGGACUCGAGUAUCAUCCGAACUACCCAGGAUCUAUUUGCUAUAAACAGAGAUACCGCAUUUGCAGGUGCUAGCCAGGAAUCUUCAGGCAACCCACCAUUACGAGUCAUUGUUAAAGAUGCCCUCUUCUGUUCUUGUUUAUCAGACAUUCUACGCUUCAUUUAUUCAGGUGCUUUUCAGUGGGAAGAAUUGGAAGAAGACAUCAGGAAGAAACUGAGAGAUUCAGGGGAUGUUUCUAAUGUAAUAGAAAAAGUUAAAUGCAUUUUAAAAACACCAGGAAAGAUCAAUUGCCUAAGGAACUGUAAAACCUACCAAGCCAGGAAACCUUUGUGGUUUUAUAACACUUCCCUGAAGUUUUUCCUUAAUAAACCAAUGCUUGCUGAUGUUGUCUUCGAAAUACAAGGUACCACAGUGCCAGCCCACAGAGCCAUCUUGGUGGCCCGUUGUGAAGUGAUGGCAGCCAUGUUUAAUGGAAAUUACAUGGAAGCAAAGAGUGUCCUGAUUCCAGUUUAUGGUGUUUCUAAAGAGACUUUCUUGUCAUUUUUAGAAUACCUAUACACGGACUCUUGUUGCCCAGCUGGCAUCUUCCAGGCCAUGUGUCUCCUGAUCUGUGCUGAGAUGUACCAAGUCUCCAGGCUGCAGCACAUCUGUGAGCUGUUCAUCAUCACACAGCUGCAGAGCAUGCCCAGCCGGGAGCUGGCUUCCAUGAACCUUGACAUUGUCGACCUACUCAAAAAGGCCAAGUUUCACCACUCUGAUUGCCUUUCCACCUGGCUACUUCAUUUCAUUGCCACUAACUACCUCAUCUUCAGUCAAAAGCCUGAAUUUCAGGACCUUUCAGUGGAAGAACGCAGUUUUGUUGAAAAGCACAGAUGGCCAUCAAAUAUGUACUUGAAGCAGCUUGCAGAAUACAGGAAGUAUAUUCACUCCCGGAAAUGUCGAUGCUUAGUCAUGUAACCUGGAGCUUUUAUAUGCGUACACUUUUUUUUUUUUUAUUACUAUGAAGACUGGGAUGCCUCUGGAUUCCAGUGAAAUUCUUAUAACUGAGACCGAAUAUGGGUGAUUAAAAAAAUACAUCACCAUACAGCUUGAUAAAUUUAUUAGUUCUCUUUGCAAAACACUAUUGUGGGUCUUAAAAGGGAACGCAAUAUACUGCAGACUAAAAAGGCUUCUGUGUAGAAUAUAAAGCUGUAGGACAGGUGUAUUCUCCCUUUAAAAUAUCCUGUUCCUUUAGUGACAUGAAAACUCCUUCCAGUUAAAAAAAAAUGUUAAGUUAAAAAAAAAAAAAAAACCUAGAUUAAUACAGAAGUUUCAUCAUGUCUAAGUGUUCUAUUAAAAUAAAGAGCCUUAAGAAAGACCCAGUGUAACUAUUUCUAUAGUCAAAAAUUUAGGGGAAGAACUAAUCACUAAUCAUUAAAACCAGAUUAUGGAAGUGGCAUGCCACUUGGUUCUGAAUCAGUGAGUGUAUAGAUGAAUAUCAUGAAGAAAAAUGUCUGUUUUCCAGACAAUGUUGCCUACCUGUCUUGUCCCCUCCUUAAGAUUCUGGUUAAGCAGGAAACCUAAUCAGGCUUUAUCGGGCCUAACCUGUUUCAACUGCACAGCACCCACACUUGGAAGGGCCUGGCCCUGGGUUCCACUUGGAGUGUAGUUGUCAGAUCCUUAAUUCUUAUCAUCAUUUAGAGAAGGACCUUAUGCUUUCACUUUGCACUGUGCCCCUGUUGCAGACAUACCAAUUAUGUCUAUUUCCUGAAAAGAAAAAUACUGUUGUUUUCAUGCUCAGACACCAUACUCUGACAGCAGAAAAGGAACACUGAUCCUAAGAGAAGAGGGUGUGGCUUGUUGGAAGGAAGAAUGCGCAAUUGCGAUUGCUGAAAUUUGUAGUACCCAAGACCUCCACUGCCACCCCCACUGGUAUGUGAGAAAUUCCUUGUGUUAGCUUUAAAACACUUCAUUGUGGCUCAGCUCCAGAUGAAGAAGUAUCUUCUUACUCAUUCUGAAAGACAAGAAUAUUGGUAAGAAUGACUGAUUAGCCUGACUGUAAUACUCCAUGUUUAUAAAGAUACAGGCAAAAGAUGCUUGCCAUGACAGCUUGAGAAGUUUUCUCUCCUUAGUGUAUUUGCUAAGAUUUGGAUGUUAGUAGUUGGAAUCUCUUGAACUCUUUCCAGUAGAUUACAAGGCUAUAUGGUGUGAAAUGACAUUAGUUUUGUGCCUCAAUUACCUUACCCAGUAAGAUAAAAGGAAGGAUAUAAAUUAGACUGUUAUGUUCAGAGAGAAUGGUCGUAGAGAACAGAAUUAGAGUUUCUCUCCUAUCACGUAAUGAUUCCAUGAGAAGCUCACAAGCCUGCAGAUUUGGAAAAACAGAUUACUAUUUAUUGUUGGUCUCAUUGUCAUAUGUAAUUUAGUAUUGGAAUGUAUUUUCCUCUAAUUCCUAGUGACUCUAGAAUAUACAUUUUUUCCACAACUUUCAAAGAUUGAUUAAAGUCCUAUAGUAUUAGGAUUCCAUACAAUUAGCCUUGUAUGUAUAUCAACACUGUCAGAGAAGCAGUAAAAAUUCCCUAUAGAAAUAUUCCAAGACACCUAACUUUAAUUGGACUGUGUCACUGAAUAUUACUGGAAUGUAUUUUAUGGAGUUUUUUGUGUGUAUUUUUCUCACUUGAAUUAAUAGCAAAUCCAAAUUGACUAGAAUUAGUAUUGUUAAGAAUAGAUACUAGAGCUAACUUUUAGAAAUCCACUCAUAUUUACAAACUUUUAAAUAACCGUAAUCUCAGCCUGCUUCUUAAUUGUAGCAUUUCAGAUUCUAAAACUUUUAGGAAAUUGAGAUAUGUAAGUUUCAAAAUAAAAUAUCAUUUGAAAAAACAAUUUGACUUCUAAGUAGAAUUAAAGCUAGUUCUUAGAGAUGGUUCUGAGUAAGAGUUGAGUUUGGAAACUGGUACUCUUAGAUGUGGAAAGUACUUCACCACCUAUAUAAGUGAUUUAGCCAGAUAUCAUGAUUCUCCAGAGCUAGUCAGAAUACAGUUUGUUAGACUUAAACCUGUUUGAAUGUAGACUCUUCUUACUUUUGAAUUCACUCACUUUUAAAUAAUGAGAAAUUUACUUAAUGACUUUUGAGAAGUGAGUUUGGUUUUAAGAUUUUUGUGGACUUUGGGCAAUUGAAAUAUUAUUUUUAGAUGGAUGUAUGCUUGUGUUGAUUUCUGCUUCAAUGUAUCUACCAAUCAACUUUAAUUAGAGAAGAUAAUGUGUAAUUGAACUAAGGCCCUUGCUUUCUUGGCCAAGUUUUCAUUCUAUUUAACCAUUUUUUUACCUCUGACUACUCCGUCUUGCUAGGAGAUAUAUAAUAAAGAACUCUCAGUAUGGUAAUUGAAAUUUACCCUGUUGAAGCCAGCAUGGUGGCUCAGUAUUAGGUAGUGGUAAAAGACUGAAGAAUUGGAUAAAUUUGACAGGCCAGCUUUUCAACUGUAAUUUUACAAACUACACUACAUUGAUAUAAUUAGACCUAAAUGUGCUCAAAGAUUAUUUUAUUUAAAGCAUCUGUUUAAUUCAACCUUUAAUAAUUUUGCAAAGAAGGGUAUAUGUGUAUUUUAAUAUAGCCUGACUGGAAUUUAUAUGUUUUUAGCUUUAGUAUUUAACAUUUUGUAACAAAUAAAAAUUUUUUAAAGCAAGU